AUGUCUUUUGAUAAUUUUCAGUCGCUUCCUAAAGAACUCCAGCUCGAGGUGUUGGAACAAUGUGAUCCCUUAAUACUACUACAACUUCAAAGAGUAAGUCGGGAACUCGAGUCGCUGAGCAUCUAUUCCAUAAGAGCAAAACUUUUAAAACUAUUGUAUGAGGGAGAUUUCUAUAUCAGCAUAUUUUCUCCUCAGCAUGAAGAGAUGCAUGCGGAGCUCUACGAUGCUAAAUGUGUGGUGAAGGAAAAAGCAAAGAUAUCACCGACUUCAAAGUCCGCCUAUUUGUUUGAGACGUCUUCUAGAAACACCAGUCAUUACGUAAGUUUCUUUGAAAUUGGAGAUUUGAACGGGAGUCGUGACCCGCUAAGAAGCGAGGUGUUCGAUAAAUAUGAGGGAGAUGAUGGACACACGCAUAAAAUUCAUCUUCUAGUUGGCGAAGACUCCAAGUACAUUCAGCUUCAUUUUGGAAUGUACUUGAAAAUGGAACGAGAUGAAAUACCGCUUAGAAUAUUUUGCAUGGAUACGCGUUUAAAAGCUACAGGCUCCCAGGGUGAGGGAGUGCUUGAUUUUUGCAACGGUAUGUUUAGAAUCAAGUAUAAACUCAUUAAAGGUGAAGAGCUGCCUCCCAGAGGCCCUUACGACUAUGAAGUUGUCUUCAACUAUUUUAUAGAGUUUUCGAGUUUUGAGGUGAAUAAUUUGUACCUUUUGAACAUGUAUAAAGAUAGUCAUUAA